AUGGCCCAGGUUGCAUCGCGCAUGGCGCUUUACGGUGGCUAUGCACUCGUCCUUGGCGUGACCAUCACCAUGAUGCUUGUGCAAGCCACAAGCUACGUCACGGCGACCGUCUCGCCCGAUCCCCAUGACGGUGUUGGCUUCGCACUCGUUCGCGGCGCGGGCCUCGUGGCUGGAAGCGCACUCGUGCUGCUACUCGGUAGUCUGCGCCGCAACGUUCGGUCACGAUGGCACCUUGAGGGCAGCGAACUCGAGGACGUUCUCUGCGCGCUCUCGACGCACGUCGAGCUCUACGACGAACCCAAGUCCGUCUUUGGCCCUCGCAGCGUUCUACGGCGCUUUAGCCUCGAGCCCGACGCGCUCUGA